AUAAAUUUUUUGUUGUACUUUGUUCGAGUUUAGUAAAUUUAUGAGAGGGCAGUGAGCUUGCUUCUGUACACAAGCAACUGGAUUUCCCUUUUCACUAUUUAAUUUCUGACUUUAUCUGAACGAGCAGUGUCACAGUACGAUUCCGUGUUGGCAUAAAUUUGCUCUCUGCUAUUUCUUGCGCUUUGUAAAAUAUACCAGAAAAAACUAGAAAAAUUUCUCCGGUUCAUAAGCUGCAAACGGAGCGAGCUAAAACAUGCCGGGCAAAAGUGGGUUGGGCGUAGGAUAAGAGGGUGCAAAGCUUACACUUUCUUUCGCGGGUUCAAGAAAGGGGGAGAGGGAGAGAGCAAAAAAAGAUUGAAUCUUUUGUUUGUAUUUUGAUUGAGAGAGACAAAGGGAAAAGAAGGGUCUUUUCGUUCGUUUAUUAUUAUUAUUAUUUUUUUUUUUGUUUUUGUUUUUGUUUUUUGUUUUUAAUCUUUCACUAUUCACUGUCUCUGCGUAUCUCUAUGAUGACCGCUUUCGAUGAAAGGUCGGUUUCUUUUGAUGAUGAAAAGAAAAAAAGAAAGAGAAAUGGAGCAAUUGAUGAAAAGCCCGACCACUCAUGCUUUGGUCCGCGUGCUUUGAUGCAAGGCUGACCCCGACCCCUUGCCUUUUUCUCUUUUUUCAUUUUUUCUAUUUUCGUUUUAUUUUUCUGUUUUCACGAGUUUGUUGAUAGAUUCUUAGAGGGUAGAGAAGCCCCACUUAGGUUACCAGGCCCCUUUUGCAGGGGGUGUUUGUUCUUUGGUUUUGGAUUUUUUGAGGGCAUGCUCUUUUUGUCCAAUCAGAUUCUCUGACCUCUUGUUCUUUGGCUUAUUCCCUCAUUCUCCCUUCUCCAAGAAAUAUGUGAGAUAUUAUUCUGAUUGGAACAUUUGAUUCAAAGGAUGUGAAUUGAGGAAAAGUAGAUGGUCCUUGGGUUUGGCAUUAGUUUAGUUAGCUCCAAGUUUCUGCAAAGAAGGGAGUUUUAAUGGUGUUUUGAGGUUGAAGAAAGGGGAAAGGCCAAGUCUUUAUGGGUUCUGUUGAAGAAAAAGUCAGGCCAGGAGGUUUGGUUAGUGGAGGAAACACACUUCUUGAAGAAAUGAAGUUGUUGAAAGAAAUGCAGGAUACUACUGGGAUCAAGAAACACAUAAAUUCAGAGCUGUGGCAUGCAUGUGCUGGCCCUUUGGCAACCUUGCCUCAGGUUGGAAGCCUUGUGUAUUACUUCCCACAAGGCCACAGUGAACAGGUUGCGGUUUCUACUAAUAGGACAGCAACUUCGCAGAUCCCAAAUUACCCAAAUCUUCCAUCUCAGUUGCUGUGCCAAGUUCACAAUGUUACACUACAUGCGGAUAAAGACACAGAUGAGAUCUAUGCCCAGAUGAGCCUUCAACCUGUGAACUCUGAGAAAGACGUAUUCCCAAUCCCAGAUUUUGGUUUGAAACCAAGUAAGCAUCCAACAGAAUUCUUCUGCAAAACGCUGACUGCUAGCGAUACAAGUACCCACGGUGGUUUCUCUGUUCCGAGGAGAGCAGCUGAAAAACUGUUCCCGCCUUUGGAUUACUCAAUGCAACCUCCAACCCAGGAGCUUGUAGUUCGAGACUUGCAUGAUAACACCUGGACAUUUCGUCACAUAUACCGCGGGCAACCAAAACGACACCUUCUUACAACUGGUUGGAGUAUGUUUGUUGGUGCAAAGCGGCUUAGAGCUGGUGAUUCUGUUCUGUUUAUCAGGGAUGAAAAGUCGCAACUAAUGCUGGGCGUGAGGCGUGCUAAUCGUCAGCAAACAACAUUGCCAUCAUCAGUUCUGUCUGCCGAUAGCAUGCACAUUGGAGUUCUUGCUGCCGCAGCCCAUGCUGCUGCCAACAGAAGCCCGUUUACGAUUUUUUACAAUCCUAGGGCAUGCCCUUCAAAAUUUGUUAUACCUUUGGCAAAAUACCGGAAAUCUAUAUAUGGAACACAGCUGUCUGCUGGUAUGAGGUUUGGGAUGAUGUUCGAAACUGAGGAAUCUGGUAAGCGCAGGUAUAUGGGUACCAUUAUCGGUAUAAGUGACUUAGAUCCAUUGAGAUGGCCUGGUUCCAAGUGGCGUUGCCUCCAGGUCGAGUGGGAUGAGCCGGGAUGUGGUGAUAAACAGAAUAGAGUUAGUCCUUGGGAAGUGGAGACUCCGGAAAGUCUCUUCAUUUUCCCCUCGCUGACAGGUGGUCUCAAGCGGCCUUUUCAGCCCGCCUUUUUGGGAACACAAACUGAAUGGGAUAGUUUGCUCAGCCGACCUUUCAUCCGGGGCCCUGAAAAUGUAUAUGGGGAUAUUCAGUGCUCGUCGAUCUCGAACAUGUGGUCUGAACAAGUCAUGAAGAUGCUACUAAGGCCCCAAGCUGUGAACAAUCCCGGUUUUGUUGCGCCCACUCUACAAGAGACUAUUGCUCACGAGACUAUUACUAAAGCCACUAUACCUCAAGAAGCCAGGAACGCGAUGCAGGGGGCUAAUAUCAAGCAGAAACCUGACCUAAUUCCCGUGGAAGAGACAUCUACACCGAACGAAAGUAACCCUCAAGUGCAGGUGAAUGAACCGAAAAAUCCUUUGCAACAAGUGAAUCAAUUGCAAUGUUCGGGAAAACUUGAAAAUCAGACUGUGCCAGCAACAACUAGUGAAGUGGCAAAAUCAGAACCGAUGCUCACAUCAGAUCAGUUAAGUCGCCUUCAGUCUCUUGGGCAAUGCAAUGACGACAAGCUACCCUUGACGCCCACAAAUGCGCAUAAUCAGGCCACAAGGGGGGCAUUUUUGAACCCGAACAAUGAUUCAUUUCCAGUCCAAGGAAGCCCGUGGCUCAUGCAAUCACAGUUUGAUUCGCAUAUUCCUCAGGCUCCCCAGAUUGACCCGGCUAUAAUGAAUGGCUUUCUUCAAUGCCCUGAUAAUCGGGAAUGGGGUUCAUAUCUACCCUCUUGUCAAUCACUCUCCGGGUUUCUCAGAACUUCCGAGCCUUUUUCUACAUUGAGGAAGCAGGACCAACCGUUUAUGUUACCCGAUGCGGUUAAUCCAUUGCCAACUUCAGUUGGUCAAGAACUGUGGGACAAUCAGUUGAACGAUGCAAAAUGUUUUCCCCAAGGGAACCUCGAAGCCCUAAUACCUUCUGAAGACAUUUCUAACCUUCAGAGCAUCAUGGCUGAUUCGUAUGGCCUGAAAGACUUGUCCAACCAGAGCCAAAGACAAAGUGAUUAUAGUUGCCUUAACUUCGAUGGUAGUAAUAGUGGAAGCGUAGUGAUUGACCCUUCUGUUUCAAGUGCCGUCUUGGAUGAAUUCUGCACCUUGAGAAAUGGCGAUUUCCAAAAUCCCGCAGAAUAUCUAGUGGGCAAUUUCAGUUCUAGCCAAGACGUCCAAUCACAGAUCACUUCAGCCAGCCUUGCGGAUUCUCAAAAUUUCUCUCUGCAAGAUUUUGCAGACAACUCGGGUGGUGCUUCGUCAAGCAAUGUGGAGUUCGACGAAACCACUCUUUUGCAGAAUAGCACGUGGCAACCAGUAGCACCACGUGUCCGGACAUACACAAAGAUUCAAAAGGCGGGAUCAGUAGGCAGGUCAAUUGAUGUCUCGAGUUUUAAUAAUUACUAUGAACUGCGCUCAGAAAUUGAACGGAUGUUUGGACUGGAGGGGCUGCUAAAUGAUUCCAAAGGCUCGGACUGGAAACUGGUUUAUGUCGACUUUGAGAACGACGUUCUUCUUGUUGGAGAUGACCCAUGGGACGAAUUCGUUGGUUGUGUUCGAUGCAUCAGAAUUCUUUCGCCAUCUGAAGUUCAGCAGAUGGGCGAGGAAGGAAUGCAGAUCUUGAACGCGAAUGCCAUGCAGGCUGUUCAUGUGUCUGCGACCGAUGGUUGUCACUGAUCUGUUGUACUAUGAUUCCACUUUGAUCUCAUUUGUUGCCUACCUCGGAUUAAGGAAAUAUCAGUUCUUGCUUUCUCCUCCUAGCUUGUGGGAAUUGUUGUUUAGCUGUCAAAUGUGUAGCUGCUGGCCAAUGCCACUCUUUGUAAGAAUUAUUUGAAACUAUUGCAGAGUUUUGACAUUA